UCAUGACCCGAGCCAAAGUAGGACAUUCAACACACUGAGCCACCCUGGCGCCCCAGGAACUUUUUAAGUUUAGGGACAUUUUAAUUGUCAUGUCUUAGUAUGUUUCCCCAGAGUUGGCAUGUAUAGAAUUGUGAAAGCCCUGGGCAAAUAUCUUUUGGCUGAAGUUUUCUCAUUGCUACCCAGGAAUUUUUACAUGAAGAAUUAAAUAGUUUAAAUAAUUAGUUUAAUUGCAACAUGAAUGCACGUGUGUACAAUAAAAUAGCGUUCCUGUAUCAUGUAUGUACUUUUCUAAUAGGUAACUACUUUGGAAAUCUUGAGUUCCUUUUCAUUAAAACAGAUGUCACCAGUCAUUUUAUGUUUAAUACGUCUCAUUUUAAAAUUUCAUUGGAAAGCAGAUUAUGUUUUAAAUUUUUUAAUGAGUUAUUGAAAUAGUUCUUUGUAGGUGAAGAGUUUUAUGUUGUAAUCUCAGUUUAACUUACAACCUGGGUGUUAUAAGUUUAGAAAUAGAAGUGAGUAAUAUUCUAGUUCUUGAAUAUUAUUCCAAUUUCAACAAUUUCUAUAGAAAGCAAUAAGUUUUCUGAUUGUGCAGUGAAGAGUCUUCUAUUUUUCUUUGCCAACACCGUUUUGAUGGGGAAAAUUGGCAAAAGUUUUGUAUUUGUUCUAGAGUUGUUUCCACCAUAGAAUCCUCUGACAGUAAUACCUACAAUGUUUAUGGAGACAUAAAGUGUUAAUGAUAAUGAACUCAAGUAUGGGACUGGCCCAGGCUACCUAGAUCAUGCAGCUUGGCUUGUUGGCAAUAUUUGAUAACGAAAUAGUGACAUUUUUGCUCUCAGGUGGCGGCAGACAGAAGUUCAAAAGGAAACUUCUUUGUUCUAGCUGUCAGAUGGAGAAGUUAGUCUUUUUCUUCUCCUGGGCCCUCCUUGAACAGCUUAGCUUGUAUCUUUAAUAGUCACCCUUUGUGUUUUGUCUGCUUGAAACCAGACAACUUAAAAUAGUUCUCCAGUAAUGAAAGCCUUGAGCCUUGUGGGCAAUGUUAUACUCUCAUUUGGUAUUAAAGUUUUCUUGGGUUACAGCUCAAUGCCGCAGCAAGUGAUUGAAGAAGGAGUCCUGUUCCUGCCCCUGAGCUACAGCUAAGGUACAAGGAGUGGCUUGGGGGUAAGGAAUCCUUCCUCACCAGAUGUGGUUUGUAUUUGUUAAGACUGCUCGUCAGAAGUUGACAUUUCUGCACUAAUUUUUAUUUUCUUAAUCGUUACUCAUGACCCACCCAUUCGUUACUCAUGUUUAUAGUUUUUUAAAAUCUAGGAAUUUAUGUGCAGACUGCUAUUGAGUCUUCUCACCUUUAGAUCACAAAAUCACUUUAAAGAAAACAAAGAGUUUGAAAGCAAUGAGGGACACAUUCUAAGGUAAUAAUUUUCAUUCAGUGCCUUUGCUGUAUUUGUAGUACAAGCAUAAUUUUUCUGUUCCAUAUAAAGAGUACCUAUUUUAGGGGGAAAGCAGUGUUCUUAGCUAACACAGAUUGUCAACACGUUAUCUCUUAGUGGAACCACAUUUAAGGAAUUAAUCAAAUAUGAGGAAAUCAACCAAAUUUAACAUUUGGUAAGGUAUUAAUAUAUUUAAAGGAAAACUGCCCUUAGGAGUUUGGAAAAGGACAGUUAAUCCAGUUCUCUUACCUUCGUUCAGUGCUACAGCAGGGAGUUGGCAGAUGUGGCUCACAGGCCAGUUUAACCUGUAUUGUAUGGCUUGUGAGCAUGGAAAGAAUUUUACAUUUUUAAGUCGUUGGAGGAAAGAAACAUCAAAAGAAGGAUAACUUAUGAGGUUAAAAUUCUAUGAAAUUCAGAUUUCAGUGUCCAUAAAUAUAGGUGAAUUGGAACAUAACUUUAUUUUUUUUAUAUUUGUUCUUGUCCUUUACAGAAGUUCACUGACCCUUGAUUUAGAAUAUACAGACAGAAUUUCCUGGGUUCAGUAUUAGCUUCUUAUGGUGCUUUUGUCUGACGUUUCUGCUUCCUUUUUUCUCCUCCUGUUACUACUAUACCUUUUACCUUCAUAUGGAUGAGUUGCCUUGUUUUGGUAACCCUGGCAUUUUGUGCUCUUCUGUGCUGGUAACAUAGCCUCCUGGGCAUCCCCUUGACACUGCAGACUCAGUGUGGUUCAGACUUGAGUUGCCCACCCUAAAACUGGUCUAACUUACUUUGUGGCCUCUCUGUCUUUUGUCACCCGUAGCUGAGCAAAUGCAACUCCUUAUAUUCCUGUGAUCCCAAUCCCCUGUGGUGUCUUUUCUGCUCAGGUUGAACCACUAAUGUUUCCAUCUUGAUUCUUGCAGUUUCUUAGCUGGUCUCUAACACACUGCUCAGGGAAGGAUAGUUAAUGCCUGUAGUAAAUGUUUCUUGGAGUACAAAAAUAGUUCUUGAGAUACUGUAAGACAGUUGAUAUUCAUUUGAGAUUCAUUUUUAACCAAGAGAUAAAACAAAGCAUUGUGUAGUGAUGGCUUUCUGACUAAUUCAUGGUCUUUCUGUAAAAGUUGAUUGUGCCCAACACUAUUGCCAAAUUCCAGCACACCUCUCUCUUUCAGAGACAUUCAGAAUGAAGUCUGGCAUCUAAGGCCAUCUCUGAUAGAACUCCCAACUUUUUUUUUAAACUUCAUCUCAAUUUCUUUCAUUCUCUUUCCAUGUAUUAAGUAAACAGACCUGUUGUAGAUCUCCAUAAAUACCAUCACCUUUCAUUUUCUUUGGUGCCUGUGUCAUCCUGCUUUUCUUGGAAUGCCCUCUCUUUCCAUAUUACCCAUGAUUUACAUGAAAACUUGCCUCAAAUUCAUUUUAACUCCUUUAGUACAUUAAAAAAAUAUUGAGGGCCUGCAGUGUUAGGAGUACAGAAUAUAAUUUUCCUUUGGAUUUGCAUGGUGUUUUCCUGUGUCUUAUCAUACGGAUCACUUUCUACUGUGUAUUGUACUUAAUUGGUGAAUGUUUAUCUACUUUGCUAGAUUACAAAAUCUUGAGAGCAAGCCUGUUUCAUUUCUGUCCUCUCCUCUGCACUGCACAUGUCCAUGUUCACUUAGCUACCUUAUGGGAUUCUUACUCUCCUCUCUGACACAGUUAUGGGUGAUAGCAUGCUGACCUCUUGUGUUAGAGAAUUGCUUUCAAGUCAGUGCACUUGGCUUGCACUGUGCAAGGUGUAUGCCUACCAGAAGUGGUGUUGGUUCCCAAGACUUUAUUUCAUGGCAGGUAAUCUUGUUUUUAUAAUAAUUAAAUAUCAUGUAAACUGAUAAAAUGAGUGCAAAACUUUUUUUCCCCCUGAAAACCAAGUUGGAUUCUUUGGAAAGACUUGAUAAAGGUGAGUUCUUAAAAUAAUGGCUGUAGAAUUAGAUAUGGCUGUAAUACCUAAAAGUUUGGGAGAAAGAACAUUAGUCCCAAAGGAUUCUGUGUGUAGACUGCUUUACAGGGAUUUCUUAAAGCUUUCCACUUUAAUGAAACUGAAAAUGGAAAUUGUAGAUGAUGCAUUUAUAGGUGUGGUUUAGAUCAAGCCGAAGGAACUUCAAUCAGCAAGGAGCUCCUCCUCAUCGAUCCCAUUCUCCAAGUGCUUUCACCCCAUAUUAAGAUUGGCAAAUGAAUGUACAUUUAUGUGUUUAACUUAAAUAAAAUGUAUAAGGUACGUAUGUAUGAUAUUUUGACUUCCUGCUUUAGCUUUAAUCCCUUUUUUUACCUGUUACUUUUGGAUAUGAUUGUUUGGGAUAUGAAAGCUUCUGAUUCAGUAAGUGUUCUGAUUUUUGUUUUCUAAAUGAUUAGAAGAACAUAAAACGCUCAAUGAAGAUACUGGUUGUAUUAUGUCGGAAUAAACAAAGAACUGACACGGGGAGACUAGAAAGAGCUAGAGACAGAUCGACCUGGUUUUGCUUCCUGGCACCUAUCUCCUAGGGAUCUUAACCUUUUUGGAUCUUCAUUUCCUCGCUGUAAAAUGGGAGUAAUCCCUAAGUUGGAGAGUCUGAAGAUAAAGUGGUAACAUGACCUUGGAGGUAAUAGGUGUUCUGUAUGUCACUAAAGUAGCUUUGUGGUAUCAGGCAAGUGAUUGAACUUUUAUUACCUAGUUUUUCAUUAUUGCUGCUUUAUUGAUGAGAAGACUCCAAAAGGUAAAUUUUUUUUAUAUGUAAGUUGUUUUAUCAGAACCUGAGGGUUAGUCAGACCUGGAAUAUAGGAGUUGCUCAGUAAGUUUUGAAUUUAUGAAUAUGAGUCAUACUGGAUAAUAGCCUGCAUACUAAUUAAGCAAAGGCAAGCUUUUGUAUCUAGGAGAUAACAGCGUGUAUGUAUGAGGGUUCCCACGAACUCCACCAGCUUAGAACAAUCUGUCAGACUGAUGUCCAUCAUUUAUUAACCCCUGCUGGCUUUUGCCAGGCACUGUGCUUUGGGACUCCUUAUUAAGAACUAAACUAUUUGCAUCUGGUCUUUGUGUUUAUCACUCUCAUCCAACUUUAUUAUAACUAGUACUUAGACUUAGUGUGUUUUUUAGGUGACAAGUUGGGAAAAGUGAAAAAUGGGGAAAAUCUAAACAGAAGAAUUACUUUACAUAAGCUGUUAAUUAUUAAAGUGAUUUGAGGCAAGUGUAGGGGAAACCUUAUUUUAAUUUAUUCAGUGAAUAUUUGAUUACUAAUGGCCAGAUUACUAAAGCUGUAAGGAUAACCUCUUUUCAGUACAAAAAAUAGAUGGAGCAAAUAGAUGAUAGGCCAGUUGAUUUCUCUCACUUCAUGGUAUUUUCAGUUAGUAUUCUGUUUUUCAUUUCUGAUACAGCAUUGUAUUUCAAAAUUAAAUAUUUCAUUUUAAUUGGUAAUUUUAAGAGAUUUGUUCCAUUCCUAGUGUAUAGAUUUUAUUUUUAUGAAAGAAUUACUAUUGCUUCACAGCACAUGUUGCGGGAAUGUCUAUUUCAUUAAUACAUUUGAUUAUUUUAAAAAAUUAUUUCGUAAGUCAGGAAUACUCAUGAUCUAACGAGUCCAAGAUAAGACCUUCUACAAGAAAAUGUGCAUUUUUUUUGAUGUUCACUUAACUGUCGAUCUUCUGAAUCCAACUUUAUUUUAGACUUAAUUUGUGACGUUGUACCUGAUUAUUUGAUUUUACUCUGAAGCUGCGUAAUGGGAUUGGGGAUGGUAUAAAGUAUUGGGCACCAUUUGAAGCACACUUGAGAAAUACGUUUGUGUGAGUCUAUAACGGAAGAAACCAGACUGUGACCAGGACGAAUAGUAAUGCUGGGUUGGUACAGUAGGCUUCACUAACUUAGCUGCAACUCAGAAUUUCUCCUCCAGCACCUGAGUAAAUGCUGAUGGUCUUGUGGAGAGUGGAUUAAGAGUACGAGCUAAGUUCUCAAUCCCAAUUAAGAAGCGGAGGAAAAUUUAAACUGUCUCCUUCAAAGUUUAUCACAACCACCACCAUCAAGACAGCAAACCAAAGGACAAAGACUUUGACCUGCUGUGUUGCUCUGUGUAGUCCAGUUCACGUAUGGUUUACAGACUUGGCUGGGGUUACUAAUGAGUAAAUAAAAAGUUGGACACUUCUGUCAUUGGACACUUAUUCACAAAAUUACCAAAAUGAGGGCUGUACUGGAGACAGCAGACAUUGCCAUAGUGGCCCUGUAUUUUAUCCUGGUCAUGUGCAUUGGUUUUUUUGCCAUGUGGAAAUCUAAUAGAAGCACCGUGAGUGGAUACUUCCUGGCGGGGCGCUCUAUGACCUGGGUAGCAAUUGGUGCCUCUCUGUUUGUGAGCAAUAUUGGGAGUGAGCACUUCAUUGGGCUGGCAGGAUCUGGAGCUGCAAGUGGAUUUGCAGUGGGCGCAUGGGAAUUCAAUGCCUUACUGCUUUUGCAACUUCUGGGAUGGGUUUUCAUCCCGAUUUAUAUCCGGUCAGGGGUAUACACCAUGCCUGAAUACUUGUCCAAGCGAUUUGGUGGCCAUAGGAUUCAGGUCUAUUUUGCAGCCUUGUCUCUGAUUCUUUAUAUCUUCACCAAGCUCUCAGUGGAUCUGUAUUCGGGUGCCCUCUUUAUCCAGGAGUCUUUGGGUUGGAACCUCUAUGUGUCUGUCAUCCUGCUCAUUGGCAUGACUGCUUUGCUGACUGUCACCGGAGGCCUUGUUGCAGUGAUCUACACAGACACUCUACAGGCUCUGCUUAUGAUCGUUGGGGCACUCACACUUAUGAUUAUUAGCAUGAUGGAGAUUGGCGGGUUUGAGGAAGUUAAGAGAAGGUACAUGUUGGCCUCACCCAAUGUUACUUCCAUCUUGUUGACAUACAACCUUUCCAACACAAAUUCUUGUAAUGUGCACCCUAAGAAAGAUGCGCUGAAAAUGUUGCGGAAUCCAACAGAUGAAGAUGUUCCUUGGCCUGGAUUCGUUCUUGGGCAGACCCCAGCUUCAGUAUGGUACUGGUGUGCUGACCAAGUCAUCGUGCAGAGAGUCUUAGCAGCUAAAAACAUUGCUCAUGCCAAAGGCUCUACUCUUAUGGCUGGCUUUCUGAAGCUUCUGCCAAUGUUUAUCAUAGUUGUCCCAGGAAUGAUUUCCAGGAUACUGUUUGCUGAUGAUAUAGCUUGCAUCAACCCAGAGCACUGCAUGCAAGUAUGUGGAAGCAGAGCUGGGUGCUCUAAUAUUGCUUAUCCACGCCUGGUGAUGAAGCUGGUUCCUGUGGGCCUCCGGGGCUUAAUGAUGGCAGUGAUGAUUGCAGCUUUGAUGAGCGACUUGGACUCUAUCUUUAACAGUGCCAGUACCAUAUUCACCCUCGAUGUGUAUAAACUCAUCCGCAGGAGCGCAAGCUCCCGAGAACUAAUGAUUGUGGGGAGGAUAUUUGUGGCUUUUAUGGUGGUGAUCAGCAUUGCAUGGGUGCCAAUCAUCGUGGAAAUGCAAGGAGGCCAGAUGUACCUUUACAUUCAGGAGGUAGCAGAUUACCUGACACCCCCAGUUGCGGCCCUGUUCCUUCUGGCAAUUUUCUGGAAGCGCUGCAAUGAGCAAGGGGCUUUUUAUGGUGGAAUGGCUGGCUUUGUUCUUGGAGCAGUCCGUUUGACACUGGCCUUUGCGUACCGUGCCCCAGAAUGUGACCAACCUGAUAACAGGCCAGGCUUCAUCAAAGACAUCCAUUACAUGUAUGUGGCCACAGCAUUGUUUUGGGUCACAGGACUCAUUACUGUAAUGGUUAGCCUUCUCACACCACCUCCCACAAAGGAACAGAUUCGUACCACCACCUUUUGGUCUAAGAAGAGCCUGGUGGUGAAGGAGAGCUGCUCCCCGAAAGACGAACCAUACAAAAUGCAAGAGAAGAGCAUUCUGAGAUGCACUGAGAAUAGUGAGGCCAUCAACCACAUCAUUCCCAAUGGGAAAUCUGAAGAUAGCAUCAAGGGCCUUCAGCCUGAAGAUGUUAAUCUUUUGGUGACCUGCAGAGAAGAAGGCAAUCCAGUGGCUUCAUUAGGUCAUUCAGAGGCAGAAACACCAGUAGAUGCCUAUUCCAAUGGGCAAGCAGCUCUUAUGGGUGAGAAAGAGAGAAAGAAAGAAACAGACGAUGGAGCCCGGUACUGGAAGUUCAUAGAUUGGUUCUGUGGCUUUAAAAGUAAGAGCCUCAGCAAGAGGAGUCUCAGAGACCUGAUGGAGGAGGAGGCUGUUUGUUUACAAAUGUUGGAAGAGCCUCCACAAGUUAAACUAAUACUAAAUAUUGGACUUUUUGCUGUGUGUUCACUUGGAAUUUUCAUGUUUGUUUAUUUUUCCUUAUGAACUUUUAAGGAUAUGAUGAGACACUAACUUAAGAAAAUACUGGUCUUUGGAAAAAAAAAAACACAUGUAACUGUUGCAUCUCUCAGGCAUUGUUUACGCUGUAGGUUUUAGCCAAAUUUUACUUAGCAGAAAAUCAUCUAUUUACAAGACUUUAUUUUCCCAGAGAUGGAUGAAAGCAAAUUUUCAACCUAAAUGAAGUAAAACUUGUUUAACAGAC